CAUGUCGUGUCCAGGGCCAGGAUAUAAUACUGUCGAGUAGUUUUAAUCGCAAACACCACAAAUGAAAAAAUCCACCAACCAGACAGAGGAUUUAAAUGUAGAAUGCGCUCUCCAGUUGUUUAUAUCGCCGCCAAGCGGCCGCAUUGGACGACUACAUCAGCUAACACCGUCUUUCUGUGUCCGGGUCGUCGGGCUGUAAUGGCUGCAUCCAUGGCGAGCACAGCCGGCAUGAGCAGUAUGCUGCAAUUUAUGAAAUUUAUCGGCCAGCUCAAAAGGGUCCCACGGACAGGCUGGGUUUACAGGAACGUGCAGAAACCAGAGAGCGUGUCCGACCACAUGUACCGCAUGGCCAUGAUGUCUCUGACCAUCACCGACCCCACAGUGGACAAGGACAGGUGUAUUAAGCUGGCUCUGGUCCACGACAUGGCAGAGUGCAUUGUGGGAGAUAUUGCUCCGUCAGACAACAUCAGCAAAGCAGAGAAACACCGGCGAGAAGAGGAAGCAAUGAAACAUCUUGCAGGUCUUCUGCCAGAUGGACUCAAACAGGAGAUUUAUGGACUGUGGGAGGAAUAUGAAACGCAGAGCAGUCCAGAGGCCCGGCUGGUGAAACAGUUUGACCUUCUGGAGAUGAUCCUGCAGGCUCAUGAGUAUGAAGAGCUGGAGGGAACGCCAGGACGACUGCAGGAGUUCUUUGACUCCACCAACGGUCGUUUCCACCAUCCAGAUGUGCUCCAGCUUGUUGGCUCUUUGAACAAAGAGAGGGGAUGUCGCAUGACUGAUGGAACAAAGGAUUCUGGGAACUCGCAGGCGGCUGGUGGAGUAUCCUCACAGCCACACACGACUUCACACACUUCUUGACUGUAACACACACAAACACCUCCUCAGUGGACUGAAACACACAAUGCGUGUAUAAAGGACGCACAAUCGCAUCACAUGUGCAGGGAUGAAAUAGAACAUGGAAAACCUCAAAAUUUGUGAGUUCAUGACUCUAAUUUGUGAGGCAUUUGCAGCUAUUUGGACCCAUUGUCUUUCCUGUUUUACCUCAGUGUGUCUGUCUAAUGUCAGCGUUUGGUUCAGCUGUAACAGAGGACUUUGCAGAUUGACUACACUGUUUAAUGUAAUGCAUACUGUCCAGGAAAGCACAGUAUCAGUAUCUAUAAUCAAAACAUUGUGACAACUACUAGUGCAAAAACUGCCAGGUAAUGUACAAAUGCAAUAACAUGUCAAAAUAGAAUUAAAUGUCUCUAUAAAUGGGUUGAAAAUAUAAUAAAGCUACAUAUUUUUUUAGGUAUGUUCUGAAAUUAUCACAUUAAGUGGCAACUAUUGUGCAUUAGUCUUAUUUUUAAUUGAUUAAACAACAUUAUCUAACAUUGAAAGCAACAUACAGUAAACAAUUCAAUUCCUUUUAUUCUUCAGAGUUAUAUGGUGGUUGGUUUAUCUACAUGUGCAGUUGGAACAACAGUUUAAUUAAGAGGGAAACUAUAAAUCAUGUCAACAUUUUCUUUACAUCAGCAGGCUGAACUGUGUGUUUCUGACAUUUUAUUACAUUUUGACAAGUAAUUAUGUAUAUAAGCUGGCAGUUAUUACAUUACAUGAUGCCGCUGCACCAUCAGACUCUGCUGUAGCAGCGUGACUCCGCUUCCAAAACAGUGUUAAUGCAUUUUCUGAUGCAUGCAAUUCAAAACAUGUUAGUAAUAUACAGUUUUUCUUCUGUAUGUUUUUAUUCAUCAUAGCAAAGGAUUCACAGUGUUGCUGACAAAUGAGAAACUAGUUAUCAGAUGUGGAAGUUAUUUUCACUAUGGUCAUUUUAAUAUGUUGCAUAGAAUUUCAGUUGCACAUUACAUGCGUUACUGUUUGUGUUGUUGUUUAUGUACCAGUUUGACUUGAAGUUCAGUCAGUUUUCAGCAUUGUAUUGUAAAAACAGUCACUUGUGAAAUUGGCUUUAGUUUAAAACAAUCUUUAAUAUUGACACAUCAGCCAUAAACAGGUAUUUAUAAUGCUGUGUGAUUAACUGUAUGAAUACAGAUGAAUAAGUUAAACACAAUGUUGUUUUAUUUGAAUGUUUUGUUUUAGAGUUUUAAUAAAAGCUUUUGUUAAAAGUU